AAAUAUUAAUCAUUUUGCCAACCCUAUAAUUAAUUAAUUAUCCAUUCAAGGUCAUUACCCCAUUUUGCAAUCCCACUUUCUAUCAAGCAAAAACCACAUUCUCCCGCUUCGAUUUUUCUCAAAAAGAAAACAAAAAUUUUUUUUUUAAAAAAAAAAAGAGACAAAAAAAAAAGCAACAGAGAAGUUAUCUCGUCACCAGAGCCGCAUACCUCGUCGCAUAUUCGUCCCCCGACUCGCGUCGCAGCCAAAAGUUCCACAGCUUUCCGCCACUCAAAUUCCCAGAUGUCUGAGAUUGAAGGCAGUUUCAUCACCGGUCGACCUGUCGGCGGCACCGAGAACAGCUGGUGCAGGGCCGUCCACGGCGGCACUGGCAUAGCCGCCGUAGUCCUGCUCCUCUCCAAACCUCUGGACCUCUCCCUUCUCCAAAACUCCCUCCACAAUCUCCAAAACGCCCACCCCAUCCUCCGCUCCAAGCUCCGCCGCGACCCCACCUCCGCUACCUUCUCCCUCUUCACUCCCCCAAACCCCACCCUCCAAAUCCAAUCCUUCGAUCUCCAAUCGACGGCCCAGAUCCUCCUCUCCGGCGACCCCGCCCUCACACCCCUCAGCCUGAUCCUCGAACGCGAGCUCAACCGCAACGCGUGGCGCGACGGGGACCCCACGACGCCCUCCGAAGCCGACGUGUUCUUCGCAAGCACCUACGCCCUGGACGGCGGCAGGUGGGCGGUGGCGCUCCGCCUGCACACGGCGGUGUGCGACGUGGCGACGGCGGUAGGGCUGCUGAGGGAGUUGCUGGCGGCGACUAGGCGGGGAACGACGGCGGAGAGGGACAUAGGGAGCGAAUCAGGGGAGGUGAGUUUGGGAAUUGAGGAUCUGAUACCGAAUGGGAAAGCUUAUAAGCCGUUGUGGGCAAGGGGAGUGGACAUGAUCGGGUACUCUCUGAAUUUUCUGAGACUGGCGAAUUUGAAUUUCGGAGACGUCGAGUCGCCGAGAUCUUCUCAGGUGGUGAGGUUGAAGAUGAAUUCAGAUGACACUCGCCGGAUUCUUGAUGGCUGCAAGUCAAGAGGUAUAAAACUAUGUGGAGCGCUGGCAGCCGCUGGAUUGCUCGCCGCGCGUUCUUCCAAACGCCUUCCCCUUCACCAAUGGGAGAAGUACUCAGUUGUCACCCUCGUCGACUGCCGUUCCAUUCUCCACCCACCCCUUCCUGCCCACCGACCUGGGUUCUACCAUUCUGCCAUCCAAAACACGCAUGACCUGAACGGGGAAGAGAGACUAUGGGAACUAGCAACAAGAACCUACAAGUCAUUUGAAAACGCUAAGAACAGCAACAAGCAUUUCUCAGACAUGGCAGACCUGAACUUUCUCAUGUGCAAGGCCAUUGACAACCCUGGUCUCACCCCAUCUUCCUCCCUCAGAACUUGCCUCGUCUCGGUGUUCGAGGACCCCGUGAUCGACAAAUUGAACGAAAUGUGCCGCGAGACCGGGCUGGAGGACUACAUGGGGUGCGCUUCGGUCCACGGCGUUGGCCCCUCCAUCGCCAUAUUCGACACCAUCAGGGAUGGCGAGUUGGACUGUGCGUGUGUUUAUCCAGAGCCACUGCAUUCCAGGGAGCAGAUGCAACAGCUGGUUGAUGAUAUGAAGAGGGUUCUUAGGGAUGGUUGUGUUCCUCUCUGCUGAGAAUUAUUGAAAGCUAAACCUUAUAAAUCAGAUCAAAUUCUUAACUAUUAAGUUGCGGGUGUUGCGUUGUAGUUCUACAUUUGUUUGAGGAUGGCAGAGUAUCAACUCAAUUACUAGAUAAUCUUAACUAUUUUCUUGCCAAGGGCUAGAUAAAAUUCAUUGGCAUGUUUGGGAGCA